AUGCAGAGCAACUACUCCCUGGUUGUCACCACCAGAGAAACUCUCCAUGUCCUCUAUACAGCACUGACAAACUCAUCGGCUGCAUCGCGCUCGCCCGCUCCCUGCCCACUUACUUCUUCAGAUUACCAGUUUUCACUAAUUCCAGCACUCUUCUCUGUGAUUUUUGUUCUGGGGUUGGUUGGCAACAGUGUGGUGGUUGUGGUGCUUUGUCGUCACAGUGGCCCCAAAACAGUCGCUAAUAUCUACAUUUUCAACCUGGCCAUGGCGGAUUUGCUGUGCCUUGUCACCCUUCCCUUCUGGGCUGCCUACUACGCGCAGGGGUACAACUGGCUUUUUGGGUCUUUCAUGUGCAAAAUCUCCAGUUCUGUCCUGUGCUUGAACAUGUUUGCAAGUAUAUUUUUCAUUACGUGCAUGAGCGUGGACAGAUACCACGCUAUUGUCCAUCCUAUUCACUCUCAAAGAAGGACUUCACAACAAGCUUAUUUUAUAGCUUUGGUUUUGUGGGGUCUUGCCUGUUUGUCCUCCCUCCCAACUUUUUAUUUCCGUGACACUCACUACAUUGAAAGCCUGGGGGUGAGUGCCUGCAUUAUGGCCUUUCCUCAUGAGAGUUAUGCAAAAUGGUCUGUGGCAACAGCCUUCCUGAAAAACGCACUCGGCUUCUUCAUCCCCUUGACAGUGAUCACCACGUGCUACAUCUGGAUCAGGAGGCACUUGCUCAAAGCACAGGAGUUUGGGAAAAACAAGCAGAAGAGGGAUAAAGUCCUAAAGCUGGUGGCUGCUGUUGUUGUGGCCUUCUUAAUAUCCUGGCUCCCAUUCCACAUUUUAACAUUUUUGGAUGCCUUGGCUCACAUGAACAUCAUCGACAACUGUGACGUGACAGGGAUCAUCGACACAGCGCUGCCGUUCAGCAUCUGCAUGGCAUUUGCCAACAGCUGCAUCAACCCUUUGCUGUACUGCUUUAUUGGGAACCAGUUCCAGGAGAAGCUCCAUCGCUUGUUUAAGCGUCGAGUUUAUCAGUUCAACAGCCAUCGAGAGAGCUCUUCUUUGAGGAAAGGAAGCUGCUUCAGAGAUACUGAGACCCCCUUGGGCAGGGAUGGGGGACCUGAGUCCUUGCUGUAGGCACUGGGGCAUGUUGUGGGGGAUGUCGGUUCAGCUGGCUGUCUCUGCAGUGGUGACACUCCUCU